CUAAACACUUACUUACCCUUACACAAGAUUAUCAACCCAAGUGAAUACAUAAAAUUUUUUUUUAUUUAACCCAAACAUCAAAAUUUAACUAAACACAAGAAACAACAGUUAACAUUUUUUAUAAAUUAUAUAUUUAAGUAAAUCUAAUAUUAGUUAAUUAAACAAAUUUACUACAACAAAAAGAAUAUUUUUUUUCUCUCUUACAAUAAUAAUAUUAAAUAUAUAAAAUACUUUACGUUUUUGUUUCUGUUUGAAAAAAAAAAUUGGUUUUUUCUUUUUCUUCUUCUUCUCUUCUGUGUUUGUUUUUUUCUUCUUCUCUUCUAACUUGAAAAAUCUUUUUUUGUUACAGUAAAAAAUUCAUAAUAAUUGAAAAAAAAGGAGAAAAUUCAACUUGACAUUGGAAAAUUCUAUUCUCUUUUGCGACUUCACCUCAUCAAUUUCUCUUCGUUUUCUUCUUCUAAAACUGCUCAUCGAAAACUCUCGUUUUUAUUUUUUGUUCGUUCGUUUUUUUUUCUAUUUGGAUAAACAUACACACACAUCACAUACAAAACACUCUACACAAUCAACGUAAAAAUCAUGCCCGUUUUUGGAUCAUUAAAUGUCUCAACUGGAUCUCGAACACCUUAUACCGAUGCAACCCAGUGUAAAAAGGUUACCAAUCAUAUUAAGAGGCCGAUGAAUGCGUUCAUGGUUUGGUCUCAAAUUGAGAGGAGAAAAAUUUGUGAACAACAGCCUGAUAUGCAUAAUGCCGAGAUUAGUAAACGUUUGGGUAAAAGGUGGAAAACCUUGACCGAUUCUGAUCGACAGCCUUUUGUAGAGGAAGCUGAACGUUUGAGAAUGCUUCACAUUCAACAAUAUCCCGAUUAUAAGUACAGGCCACGAAAAAAGGCAAAAACAAGUAACAAUCAACCUGUGAGUACAUCAAUUGGUGGAAUUGGAUUGAAUAACAAUAAUACCUCAACCACAACACCAACAACAACUACUUCAAUUUCAAGUUCACCAACUUUAACACCAACAGUGAAACUAACAGUUAACCAAGCAGCAGCAGCAGCAGCAGCCGCUUCAACAACACAAUCAUCAACAGUACCAGUUACCCAAGUCGUAACUCAACAACAACAACAACAGGCAGUGGUAUCAACAGUGAAUCCUACUUCAAGCCCGAUACCGAUAACAACACUAACACCCGAUAUAACACCAACCGUUUCACCAGCAGUUACACCGACAUCAGUAACACCUGAGUUAGUACUUUCUUCAUUGCAAGCAGCAGCAGCAGCAGCAGCAGCAGCCGCUUCCGCCGCCGUCGCAACGACAAAUUCAACCGCCUCUCAAGAAGCUGAAAUAUCAUCGGUGACCACAAGCACCACUGCUGCUUCUCCUCCUUCUCCUCCUCUUCCCCAAGUGAUAUCAACGGUGUCAUCUUCAAGCUCAAUUACUCCAACAACAGUACCAACCUCAUCUGUAACACCGUUGAUUGUUGCUAAAGGCGUUAAUUCAUCAUCUUCAACGUCCAACAAGAUUAAUUUCACCUCCUAUUUAUUGACCAAUUCAAUAUCAGCCACCUCCUCGUUGUCACCCUUGAGUUCAACCAAUAGGAUCAAAUUUGAUUCAUCUCUUUCAUCCCUAUUAACCACCACCCCAAUGGAUACAAGUACUUCAUCAUCAACAACAACCCUAACACCCUCAUCAUCACCACUCUCAGCAGCUACAACAAUUAAUUUUACCACAAAUCGUUUAACCAACUCUCUUUCAUCAUCAACUACCUCUUCAUUAUCACCUUCAAGUGCUAUGAAUGGUAUCAAAUUAAAUCCAAUAUUAACACCAUCACCACAAUCAACCAUCACAACCACAACUACAACAACAAUACCACCACAACUGCAACCACAAAUUCAACAACUACAACCAUCAACAGCAUCAAUGAUUACAGCGACUACUACACCGCCACCCUCACCAAUUUCCGGUGCAACAGUAAAUUUGAUUGAAAAUUUAACCACCAACUCAAAUUCUAAUUCAUCGUUAUCAUCUCUCUCAUCGGUAUCCUUCUCAUCCGAGUCAUCAUCUUUCUCCCUUUCACCGAUAACCUUUUCACACUUUGAAUUCCCGGAUUAUGCCUCACCCGAGGUCUCGGAUAUCUUAGGUGAAGACUGGAGUGCCACCAGUUUUGCCAAUCUGAUCAACUGUUGAUUAACGGUGGUUAAAACAAUCAAUACUUAAACACAACACACACACAAAAACACACAAAAACAACAACAAUAUAUCUCCCUCUCCCUCUCUCUCUCUCUCUCUCUCUCUCUCUCUCUCUCUCUCUCUCUCUAUUUCUCUAAUCCCUCUGUUUUUUUUUCUUUUUUUGAAUUAUACAUUCAAAUCUUUUUUUUAUUGUAAUUGUCUCUUCUCUAACUCUAUCUUAUAUGAUGAAGAUGAAACAAUUAUCUAUGAUGAUGAAAAUGAUGCCUAAUUAUAAGUAAAAAAAUAAUAAAGGGGGCGAAAUAGAUUCAUUUUGUAGCAUCAACAACAACGACAAUCGCCUCACAUAAUAGCUCAAAAAAAAGGUUCUAAAAGAUAUUCUAAAAGGUAACCAUUGGAAUUUGAUCUCUCUUUCUCUCAACCAGCCAAAAAAUCAGAGGAAAAGACGAAAUGGACAAAGGUCAUUGAAAGAAGAAAAACAAAAGAGUUGAUUGAUUUCUAGGAGAAGAAAAGUAACAAAGAGAGAGAGAGAGAGACAACAAUGAUGAUGAUUCUAAUUAGUAAACAAUCAAUUGAUCCUCAUGAAAUGAAGUUUUUUCCCCCAAUGGCAGAGCUCAAGCAAGAAAAUUUUCUGGUGAUAACAACAUAUACUCUCUUAAAAUGUGUAUGAUCUCUGUGUGACCUCUACCUUUGGACUUAUAGACUUUCGUAGAGGUGAAAUGUUAUUGGUAAUAUUAUAAUGGAGAAGAGGUGUAAUUAUAAAGGUCCAGGGUUUUAGGUUUUCUUUUCUCUGGUGGCAGUGGCCGCUCAUAGAUCAUAAUGAUCCAGGUCGAAUCAACUGUCUAACCAUAAUUAUCCUGGUGACAAAGAAAAUCGAUUAUUGAUCAAGUUCGGAUGCAGUUAAUCCUUAGAUUUCCCCAUGAUCCAAACGCAGCGAAAUCGCCUGCAGCCUUUGUCCACACCGAAAACACCACAACCACCAAACAACAACAUCAACAACAAAAACUUUGUGCCUACAGCAGCUUUUGCAUUAACCUCCAUUAGAAAAAAAAACAAUAGUGACCAAAACACUGACCACUGUUGUUGUUGCUGUCCAAAGAUCCAAAUUCGUUCUCGAAAAUUGAUCAAAUCUCCUCGACACACACACACAACACACAAAUCGAAUAUUAUUUUAGUGAAAGACAAAUACCCUUUUGCAACGUGAUCUUUGACCUCUCUCACACCCUUCCCCAUAUAAUAGACGUGUAAACACACAUGGACAAAGAAGGUCACCUUCCUAUUUCUUUAACAAAAUUCGCAUCAAAUUUCAUCGAGUCAAAAUUCAUUUAACUUACCCGAAAAGCAGCACUGGUCAUCGAUGCUCAAAGAGGAAUCGGACUAAGGGUUGACAUUCAAAUGAGUGUAAAUGAUUUAAAAUUAAUCAUAAUUAUAAAAGUAAAAGAAAAAUACAGUUAACUGAUUGAGAAGAUCAAUAAACAAAAUAAUCUUCGUUUUACUCUUAAUUACGACAAUGAUUAUAAAUUAAUUACUUUAAUUAAAAAUCAUUCAUUUUUCCAUGAAAAAAA